AUGGAGACUGAUUGGAAUGUAGAAGAUCCGCCGACGCCUAAGGUGACCUCCCUAACUUCGUUGGAUACGGGCGUUCGGCCAGUGCCCAGCGGCGCAGCUUACGUCGCUGAGAGGAACACAUGCCUAAACCUAUUCUCGAGAUGGAACGAAACGGACCAGGUGGAGUUCGUGGAACAAUUGCUGGCACGGAUGUGUCACUAUCAGCAUGGUCACAUAAACGCUUACCUCAAACCGAUGCUGCAGAGAGAUUUCAUUAGCAUGCUACCGAAGAAAGGCCUGGACCACGUGGCGGAGAACAUCCUCUCUUACCUGGACGCCAACUCGCUGUGCGCCGCCGAGCUGGUCUGCCGCGAGUGGCAGCGAGUCAUCUCCGAGGGUAUGCUGUGGAAGAAGCUGGUCGAGAGGAAGGUGCGCACCGACUCGCUAUGGCGGGGGCUGGCGGAGAGGAGGGGCUGGAUCCUUUAUCUGUUCAAGCCGAAGCCUGGUUGCCAGCAUCCGUCUCACUCCUUCUACAGACAGCUGUACCCCAAGAUCAUACAGGACAUACAGUCGAUCGAGGACAACUGGAGAAUGGGAAGGCACAAUUUGCAGAGGAUAAACUGUCGGUCGGAGAACUCCAAAGGCGUCUACUGCCUGCAAUACGACGACAACAAGAUCGUCUCCGGGCUAAGAGACAACACAAUCAAGAUCUGGGACAGAAAAACUCUUCAAUGUGUUAAGGAGCUGCAGGGUCACACCGGCUCCGUGCUGUGCCUUCAGUACGACGAGCGAGCGAUCAUAUCUGGAUCGUCGGACAGCACGGUUCGAGUCUGGGACGUGUCCACUGGAGCUAUGCUCAACACCCUCAUCCACCACUGCGAGGCGGUGCUUCACCUGCGCUUCUGCAACGGCAUGAUGGUCACCUGCAGCAAGGAUCGGUCGAUAGCGGUAUGGGACAUGACCUCCACAACGGAGAUAAUGCUGCGCAGGGUUCUGGUGGGACACAGGGCUGCAGUCAACGUUGUGGACUUCGACGAGAAGUACAUUGUCAGCGCCAGCGGGGAUCGUACAAUUAAGGUGUGGAACACGUCCUCGUGCGAGUUCGUCCGCACGCUGAACGGCCACAAGCGUGGCAUCGCCUGUCUCCAGUACCGGGAUCGUCUGGUGGUCUCUGGCAGCUCCGACAACACAAUAAGGCUGUGGGACAUCGAGUGCGGCCAGUGCAUACGCGUCUUGGAGGGCCACGAGGAGCUGGUUCGGUGCAUACGCUUCGACAACAAGCGGAUAGUGAGCGGCGCGUACGACGGCAAGAUAAAGGUGUGGGACCUGCGCGCGGCCCUGGACGUGCGCACGCCCCACCAGGACCUCUGUCUGCGGACACUUGUAGAGCACACCGGCCGCGUGUUCCGGUUGCAGUUCGACGAGUUCCAGAUAGUCUCCUCCUCGCACGACGACACCAUCCUCGUGUGGGACUUCCUCAACUGCGGGGGAUCCCCGGCGGCGGCGGCGCCCGCGCCCGCCCCCGCCCCCGCGCCCGCCCCCCGCCGCGCCUCGCCGGAGAGGGACCGCUUCUACGAC